AUGGCAAAGAAUCCCUUCACAGGUGAGCAAAUCAUCACCAUUUUUACGUCCCCGUUCCAGCCAAUACUCCCGGCGACGACGAGCAACCAGCUUGUGCACGGCGACCAGAACGAGAUCUCUGCCGCCCAGAGACCUGUUCUUAUCGCCCAAACGCGAUUGUCGCCUGGUUUUCACCGUAUUCAAAUAUCAGACCUGGCGGGCGAUCAGAUUCAGGGUACUGACAUGCUGUGUUCGAUAUCUACAGUGCUCCCAAAGCAAAUGGCUUUCGCGAUGUCGCCGUCGUAUUCCCAUACCGUAAGCGCCGUCGCAGGACAGUCGUCGCUCGACGAAGAGGACGACAACGACAUAUGUCCAGUGUGCGACGGAGAGUGCACAUGCUCCAACAACGUCUCGCGCUCAGUGCCCCCACCGCCCCCGCCGCCGUCGCACGCAGGCCCCCUGUCCAUGGAAGAACUAAGUCGCCAAUACAAAGUAGUUACCUCGUCCUCCACGCCUUCUUCUCAGCAAAGACCCUCGCUGCACACCCACCAACUCCCAAAACCGUCUCUCAAAAUCAAAUUGACUCUACCCAAGAAUCUCAUCGCCAAAAGGCAUCAGCAUGCCGACGGAGACUCCACCCCUCUCCCAAACCACUAUUUGAAUCCAGACGAGACAAUGUCCGCGGAAGAGAGCGACGAAGAACCCGUCGCAGGCCCAUCGACAUUGAUUCGCUCCCCGCCGCUAUACGAAUACCCGGUCAAACCUCCACCAAAGAAACGCGGAAGGCCUCGGAAAAUCGUGGCCGCAACUGCUCCCCGCGACCAUUCUGUCGACUCUAUUCACAGUCGUCGGGCUUCAACUUCGCCCGUCCACAAACGCGCAAAUCCCAAGGCUUCGAUCGUUGGCCGUCCGAAAUCGCUCUAUGCCGCCAAGGUUGCGAAAAACAUCAAAUCGCGCGUCGCUCCUCCCAAAAAGCGCACAAAGAAACCCGCUCCAAAGCGUCGUCGUCCAUCGUACAUGGACAGCGACGACCCCUCUUCCGAAUCCUCCUUCAGCGACGACGAUGUUUUUGGCCCAGGCCGACACUAUGAUCUCCAUGACGCAGACGAUAUAGACUCGGUCCAAUUCCCUACAUUUGUCUCCGCUUCCGCCCUAUCCUCAAUGGAGUCCGACGAUUCGUCCUCCUUAUCGGAUUUCAGCGAUUCGUCGAUGGAAAAGGAGGAGGAAGGGUUUAUCUUAUCGGAGAUACAACAACGUGCUCGGGUAAAUCGUGAACUCUUGGGUGAAAACUCGAGAAAGGGUGGGCAGUCCCAACACAACGAAUGGGUCAUCCAGCCGCGGAAGAAGAGCGAAGGGCCUAGUGAUGUCGAAUUGGAUAGUGACGCCACUGAAGACGACGACGACGAGGAGGUGCAUGCGAUGCAAGAAGCCGAUGAGGAUGAGGACGAGGACGAGACAGAUGGUCAUGAAGCCGGUGGCACAGGCCUUGUCACCGGCUGGUCGGAUGAUGAAGAAUCCAGCUUCGACGCCGAUCUUUUCUUUGCGAACUUGUCGACGAGCUCCGACAGCGACAGUUCGUCCGACGAGAGCAUGCGGAACGGCCUUGAUGACGGAGACGACGAUACCGUGUCCGACGAUUCGACUGAGGCUGGCCUCUUGCAUAUGCGAGAGGAGCUCGAGAACCUGCCACUCGAACUCACUGAAAGUUGGGACGGACAUCUUGUGUUCACCAACGGAAUGCAUGCAACCGGCGGGGGCGGUAUCAUCGACAUCGACUUUGAGCGCAAUGUAUCUCAAUUCAUCCCAGCCCCGCCGCCAUGCUGCUCAGAGGCAUCAUCACCCAAUCACGAGCAUACAAUGGUUCAAGAACACAGCGAUGUCGAGAUGUCCACUUACGGAAGUGACAUGGACGAUGGGUACGAGGAGGAUGGUGGUGAAGGUGAGGGCGACACAACCGACGAGGAACUAGUUGGCGAGGAUGAUCUUCCCAACGAGCGGGCCAUGCGACUCUUCAAUUGGCCUCUCAGCGUCAACGCCAUCAACCCUUUGUCUACUGUCAGCCCGAUAACUCCUGCGAAGCGCGAUCGAUUCAUUGGUUCUCACCUUCCUCCGCCUACACCAGACGACAUCCUGUCCGGUCGGCUAUGGGACUCGGAUGAGAUGGACGAACUGUUUGAUCAACAGGGUCGUCAACGAAGCCACAGCCUCUCGUCAAGGACUAGCGGAGGAGGACCCCGCAAAGGAGUGUUUGUCGUCGUACAGGAGACAAAGCAAGCUGUUAUCGAUGAUUCACAUAGCGAUAUUCCUUCGCCUCAUCCCAGGUUCAACAGAAACCGCCGUGGUAGACGCCUCAAUGCUAUUGAAUCGCUGCUCAGGAAGCAUUUAUCGACCUUGAGGCAUGAGCCAUCAUCCUUCGUCUCUGCGACCACCGUAAUCCCCGAUCACACACCUCUGAGACUAUUGCCUUCCGUUGAAAUCAAAGCACCACCUGGAACCUCUUCGCUGAACGAGGAAAAUGACGCCGAUGCCUUGACUACACCCAUCGAGCUGGACGAUGUGCUGGACGCUGCCUUCCUUCAUCCAGAUCCAUCCGACUCCAGCCAAACACCCGAUGGCGAUGCUCCUCCCGAGUCAAGCACUACUGCUGACGAAAGUGACACGAACCAGAAGAGCCUUCGCCACCUAGCUCGUUGGGAUGUCAUUUCUGUCGGAGCCUUCAGGCAGACCCGGGAGAACGCCGGUAUCAUGGACAGCCCUGGAGCGCCUGGCUGGACUCCCAGCUCUCGUCGCGGCUCCGCAGCUGAUUAUGGCAACAUCCUCAAAGCCAGUCCUUUCAGUACCAUGCUCUGGCCCACGAACGACAAGAGCAAGCGUUCGUCAAAACGAGAUUGCGAGGCGGUUGCGCGGGCAUUGUCGACUUCUCCAUUCAUCGGUCCCACCCGGGACGAUGGGGAUCGAACACCCACCAGACACCAAGGUGGGAAAGAGCAUCAGCAAUACGACCACAAGUACACGCACAAGUCGAAGAAGCAGCUGAAGAAAGAGAAGAGAUUGAAGAGGAAGAGUUAUGGGCCGACCCAUCUCCCACACCAUUAUCAUUCGCACCACCAUCAUCCCAAUUCAAAGUCGAGAGCUACGGCUUCCUCUCAGCGCAAUAACUUUUUGUCUUCGGUACCCCCGUUGCAUCUUUAA